AUGGCGUUGGCGGAAGUGCUUCAGGGUCUCGGUUCCUCUCAGACGUUGCUAACCGUCUUGUCUCUGACGCUGGGCAUCAUCACCGCUUAUCUAUUCGUCAAUCGGUCUUCCUCUGGCAAACUACCACCACCAGUCAAGGGCAAUUGGCCCAUAAUUGGCCCUACGAGUUUCUGGACGAGACGAUGGGAUUUCUUCCAGGAGGCAGCAAGGCACUCGAUUAAUGGCCAUUUCUCAUUUCACGUUGGACAACACAAGGUUGUUGGAGUCACUGGAGAUGAAGGCAGAAAAGUGUUCUUGGAGAGCAAACAAUUAGAUGCCACGGCUGGAUAUGCUGCACUAUUUGCUGGCUCGCCGACUGUAUCGAAGGUGCAUGACACAGAUCAAGGAGAGAUGGACGAUCACUUGUUCUUCAGACGUCUUUUGGGAAUGACCAGGAAAGAGAAUUUCGUGAAAGGUCUUCAGUUCUUGAUAUCCGAUACGACGACACGUUUAGACGAACUCGCGAAAGACCCCAAAGGCUUGACGGACCCGUUCGAGAGCAUAUAUGGUAUUGUCUACCAACUCACCAUGCGAACGGUCGCAUGCAAUGAUAUCGCCAACGACCGUGUUCUUUUGGACCAAACACUGGAAAUGUUCGAGCAGAUUGAAGCUGCAAAUUCUGCAGAAUUGAUCAUCUUCCCUUGGUUCCCAUUAUUUCCUGGAAAGCUGAGACGACUGUGGUACGGCGGCAAGCUCUACAUGAUCUUCAAGAACAUUAUCGAUGGACGGGCCAAGACCGGACAUCGAGAGGAAGAUCCUCUCCAGUACCUCAUUGACCAAGGCGACAACACUAAGGAGAUCUUGACGUUCGUGCUCGGAGCGCUCUAUGCGGGUCAGCUCAAUUCUGGUAUCAAUGCUGCUUGGGUCAUCAUCUAUCUGGCGAACGACGAUUACUGGCGCGGUGUCGUUUGGGAGGAGGUCAAAGCAGUCGCUGAGAAGUACGACCGCGACACGUCGAAAACAUUCGCAGAACGUCUUGCAAACGUGCCUCUAGAAGCGUGGGAGCAUGAAUUGCCUACCAUUGACUUGUGCCUACGAGACAGUAUCCGCUUGAAUGCUUCUGGCUCCAUGUUCCGCAAGAAUGACAGCACCAAGUCUGUCAAAAUAGCGGACUUCGAAGUACCAGCAGGAGGCUACGUAGCAUAUCCCAUUGCGGACGUUCAUCUCGAUCCCGAGGUAUACCCCAACCCUCACCAAUGGGAUCCAUCACGAUACCUACCAGGAAAGGAAGAGGACCAAAAGAAGAAACAUGCAUUCAUCGGCUGGGGCGCAGGAAGACAUCCAUGCCUCGGCAUGCGCUUUGCGAAACUCGAGCAAAACAUCAUUCUUGCCUUCUUCCUAGCGUACUUUGACUUUGAGUUGGCGGACAAGAAUGGCAACACCGGCGUCAAAGUGCCGCAGAGCGAUUCCAACAACCACGCUGCCGUUAAGCCAAAGGAGCGUGUUUACGUCAAGUACAGAUCGAGGGUAUAA